AUGGGCUGCGCGGCCCCCGGGAGCCGCCGGCUCCGCUGGGCCGGGCCCCGAGGAGGGAGCGGGCGGCGGCGGGGCCGUCAGAGCGGGGACCGCAUCCCAACCGGGCGCUCCCGAGCGCUGCCGCCACCGUCCGUCGCCGCACGCCGGCUGUCUGCUCCGGGCACCGCCCGCGCGCACCCGGGACCGCGCGGGGCCACCCGGCGGUGGGCGGUGACUCGGUACCGCCCCGACGCCGCAGCGGCGGGUCAGGGCUGGACCCCGCUCCACGGUGCCACCCUCGGGGCGGUGUCUGGAGCCGGCCCCGCCGCCUGCACACCCCCCCCGGGGGUCGCGGCUUCUCUUCGUACUGCGGUACCGGGGGUUCGCUUCAGCGUCAAAUGGCAGUCGGUGUCGCAGUGUCACCAGAGGCAUUCAGGAGGGCCGCAUGAACCAAAUCAACAGCAUGAGCUCUGCACCAGCAACCUGGGAGGAGAGGCCAGUGGGGAAUGGAUGAACAGAAACAAUGUAACACUGCUCUGGGCUCAGGGUUGGGCAUGGGUGAUGCACCGAGCUGAAACAUCACUUUGCUGGUCUCCAGUUCUUGGAGCAGAGAGCAGCUUCUUUAUUGGGACGUUCUGGGUACACCAUGGAUGGAUAGAUGCUUCAGAGUGCGCCCAAAUCCCAGCCACAUGUUCCUGAGCCAAGAGACACAGAGGGACUGCCUGCAGGUGUCAGCCCUGCACUACAGAAAGCACACGAACCAAGUCAAGAGCAGGUGGGCGUUUGGCUUUGUUUUUUGAAUCAAAGCAACCUCACAUCACACAUGUUUUGCUGAGAAAGUAAAGAUUGGAAAAUCUCAUUUACUGCUGUUCUCAAAGAUUAGAAGAGGGAGAACUAAAGACGCAUCCCAGUCAUAGUCUUGUCCCACAGGUGUUUUUCUUUCUCAGAAAGAAAACUUACUACAAGUAAGUUUUAAACGACCAAAUCUGUGUACAGUAAAAGCAGUUUCAACCUUCUGCUUCCUUAAACGCUCAUCACUUAUUUUUCUUUGCUAUUGCCAUCAGACUCUUAGAGGGUAACACCCUAUGGCAUAAAACAUGACCUAGUGCUUCUACAACAAACCCGGAGGAGCUGUCAGACCUUCACUCAGAGUAAGAGACUGCAAAACCAGUAUUUUCUAUCUUGAGUCUUGCAAUACCAUGAUGCUAAUUACAAGGAAUAGUUUAAUAUGGAAGAGUUUGUUACAGCAACCUACUGCAAGGGAAGCGCAGAAGGCUGUUGAUUGCCUGAGAUUUUGACACUGCCGUUUUCCUGAAGGGAUGUGAGGCAAUCAGUACUUGACUGCAGAACUAAAAAGCAAUGAGGGGAAGGGUAGUGGAUCACAGUUUAGAAGCAGCAGGUGCUGCUGUAAAUUGCAGCUCUACAUUAAGUAGGUCAGCUAAUUAGGGGGAAGCAUUUUUAUCUACUGACUGAACUACAACACAGGGACAGUGCUGAGAUAAUUAAUAGCAAGCCUCCCACCUUAAAUUUUGUUAAAUAGAUUUAAUAUUAAGUGGCCACCAAACAGAAAUCAGCCUGUUUUAUUAGUACCAAGAUAAGAAAAAGAUGGCAUUCACAUUACUACUGGAUACGUUGCUUUGCAGCAAAACGAAGAUUCUAGGAAGUUACCAAGUUCAAGACAAACUUCCUGCUUCUAUACAAGCCAAAAGGUAUGAGCUAGAUGAAACAUGUACUUGAAAGUAUUUGUUUCUUGGGGUGGCUCAAAGUGAGCUUGAAUCCUGUAAAACUGAAGGCAAAUUGUGCACUUAGAAUUGCACAAAGCACUCUAGGUGAACACUCAGAAUUCAGUUCUUCACGUAACUCUGAAUUACACUUCAUCCUUCCAGAGCAGAGGCACAGAACAGGCCCACCUCA